CUAAGGCAGGCAGUUAACAUGAACUGCUUGAAUAAACAGAAAUGACAAUUCCCCUUCUUGUACAAUUCUAGGGGUUGCCAGUUACGUAUCCCCAUGACCUGCAAUUGCCACAGGGGUUUCAUCAGUAGCUCAUCAGUGGUCAAAUGUACUUUUCUGGUUCGGUGGUGGCGAUACCAGACGUCGUAUUACAAUAAUACUCUUAUAGGCGUUUGUGUCCUAUUUCUGUACUCGAAAGCCACACCAGAUACUAAUUAGCCACGUUUAUACGGAUGGUAUGCCAAAUCAACAGUUGUCGUCGAGACAGUCGUCCUUCCAGGGACGCUCCAUAUUCCCGUGUUCUUUGCGAUUCGGGGCAAAGACCCAGCCUUUAAUUUUAAUGUGCACUGAGCACACCGCGGAGUGCCCUGUCUGCGGGAAACAAUAUCUUGUAUAUGUCGAGUUUUGCAAAGACUAUCAUCCUCCAUUGUUACGGUGCCCUAGGGGAAUAGCCGAAGAGAACGAAGAUAUGCAAGAAGGAAGAUGCCCCAGUCCAGUUUGUCCUUACAGUCGCACGGGCGGUUGCAAUGUCAGUUGACACACUGGAUGUGCUUUUUCGACAAGCCGACGGUUCCAGCUUGGAAAAGCACUCUGGAUCAAAUCUCGGCAAUCAGAGCCUUUCUCCUCCGGUACCGACCUCAACAAUUUGGUCAAUUCCUUGAUACUCUGGAACUUCGAAAUCAUAUUUCUUGGCAAUUGCUGGGGAAACAAAGCUGCGAGGUUGAAUUUGCUCCCCAAGCCA